AUGGGCAAGGAAGCGAAAGCAGAAGGAAGCGAAAGCAGAAGGAAGCGAAAGCAGAAGGAAGCGAAAGCAGAAGGAAGCGAAAGCAGAAGGAAGCGAAAGCAGAAGGAAGCGAAAGCAGAAGGAAGCGAAAGCAGAAGGAAGCGAAAGCAGAAGGAAGCGAAAGCAGAAGGAAGCGAAAGCAGAAGGAAGCGAAAGCAGAAGGAAGCGAAAGCAGAAGGAAGCGAAAGCAGAAGGAAGCGAAAGCAGAAGGAAGCGAAAGCAGAAGGAAGCGAAAGCAGAAGGAAGCGAAAGCAGAAGGAAGCGAAAGCAGAAGGAAGCGAAAGCAGAAGGAAGCGAAAGCAGAAGGAAGCGAAAGCAGAAGGAAGCGAAAGCAGAAGGAAGCGAAAGCAGAAGGAAGCGAAAGCAGAAGGAAGCGAAAGCAGAAGGAAGCGAAAGCAGAAGGAAGCGAAAGCAGAAGGAAGCGAAAGCAGAAGGAAGCGAAAGCAGAAGGAAGCGAAAGCAGAAGGAAGCGAAAGCAGAAGGAAGCGAAAGCAGAAGGAAGCGAAAGCAGAAGGAAGCGAAAGCAGAAGGAAGCGAAAGCAGAAGGAAGCGAAAGCAGAAGGAAGCGAAAGCAGAAGGAAGCGAAAGCAGAAGGAAGCGAAAGCAGAAGGAAGCGAAAAGAAGCAGGAUGAUCCUGCUCCAUGA